AUGGCCAACAUCUACGCGCCAUGUAUCUGCAUUCGGCUCCCGCUCUGGGCGUGUUUCCUCAUCCAGCUCUGUAAUUUUGCUGCAGCUUCAGCUUCAACGGAUACAAUUAUAGAAGGGCAAAGACUUGGUCAUUCACAGACCCUCACAUCCUCUGGUCAGGUAUUCGAGCUGCAAUUUUUCUUUCUGCAAAACUCCACCAAUUCGUAUCUCGGAAUCUGGUAUAAAAAGAUCGAACCGAGAACCUUUGUUUGGGUGGGAAACAGGGUUCAACCACUCAAGGGCUCCUCCCCCUAUCUUACCUUGAAGCAAGGAAACCUUGUGAUCAUUGAUGAUAGAAUCACCUACAGCAGCUUUGAUGAUCCUACCGACACUUUCCUCCCUGGUAUGAAACUUGGGAUGGAUAAAAGGACCGGAAAAGUUUGGUCACUUACUGCCUGGGAGAAGGAGAAUGAUCCGAGUCCUGGAACUGUGUCCCUGAGGUUAAGCUCUCCAAGAUUAGAUGAACUUAUCAUCCUGAAGGGGAAUCAAACUUACUGGUCUCGUGGCUCCUUGCCGGAGAUGAGAUGGAACUAUAUCUACUAUAUCAGUUUCAUUACCAAUGAAAAUGUAUCCUACUUAACCUAUUCGAUGAAUGAUACUUUGGUUCUAAUAGCUGCAGAAACUACAGCAAACCUACUUGCCAGUGCUUGGAAGGUUUCAGUCCCUCAGACUCCAAGCCCUGGGAACAAGACAAUACCUCUGGUGGGUGCACGAGGAAAGUACCUCUGCAGUGAGAUGAAAGCAGCUCAGUCAAAGGCAAGGAAGACGGUUUCUUGA